AUGCAUUUCCAAUCUCUCAACCUCUUCGCCCUGGCCAUCUCCUCCGUCUCGGCCACCCUCUCCCCAAACAUCCCCGGCAUGAACCUCGUCUGGCAGGAGACUUUCGUCGGCGAGCAAGGCGACAUGGUCGACCUCACCCAGUGGACCGUCGUCACCGACCUCCACAACAACCAGGAGCUCGAGACUUACACCCAGUCCGACUCCAACAUGCAGCUCUCGGGCGGCCAGACUCUCCAGCUCGUCCCCCAGCAAGCUCCCUCGGGCGAAUGGACCUCUUCCCGCAUCGAAUCCAUCCAGUCCUGGGCUCCGGCUCCCGGCAAGACCAUGCAGGUCCAGGCCGCUCUGCGCGGCGGCUCCAGCCCCCUCGACGCCAAGCAGGGCAUGUGGCCCGCCUUCUGGAUGCUGGGCGACUCCAUGCGCCACGGCACGCCCUGGCCGCUCUGCGGAGAGCUCGACAUCUUUGAGCAGAUCAACGGCCAGCUGACCGGCUACGGCACCGCCCACUGCGACCACACCGGCGGCGGCGCGUGCAACGAGCCCUCGGGGCUUGGCCAGAGCAUUCCCAUUCCCCAGGACGACAGCUUCCACACCUGGGCUCUCAAGAUCAACCGCUCGUCCAACAACUGGCAGACGGAGACCAUCGAGUGGUACCUCGACGGCGUCCUCUUCCACACCCUUGUUGGCGCUCAGUUUGGCGACGAGGGUCUCUGGGCAACGCUUGCGCACUCCCCAAUGUACAUCAUCCUCAACCUCGCCGUUGGUGGUACAUGGCCCGGUGAUCCUAACGAGGCGACUCUGCCCGGCUGGGGCAACAUGUUUGAGGUUCAAUACGUUGCCGUCUACUCUUCCUAA